GUAUGUGUUGUUGAUGAAACGAAAAUAUUGUAUCAAGAGUUUUUAUAUUAGUGAGUAAAAAUAUUUAUAACAAAUUUAGGUACACCGGACUUGACAAGAUGAAAUUGAACACAUCACUUUUUAUGUGUUUAUUUUUUUCUGCUAUAGUUGCCAUUAAGGCAGCAAACGAUUACGAAGAAUACAAUGAAGAGUACGAAAACAACGAGAAUACUGUUAACGAGAUGCCCGAAGAGGAGUAUUCAUUAGCGGAGGAGGAGGAACAGGACGUCCAAGAAGGAGCCGACCACCCGCAGCAAGUGCCCCAAGAGGUCGAAUUUCAGUACAUACCCAGCAAGCGGGUGGAAGAGAUGGAGACUAAUCUGCCGAGUAGUGCUCAGGCGUUCAUCCCGGACGGCAAAGUGAAGGAGACCUUUAUCAACACGUUCAAUAGCGCGAUGGCCACGGAUUUGGCUAGAACCGGGUACAGCGAUGUCCAACGCCAGUGGCAGGAGCUUAUAAAUGGCCCGGAAGCGCCCCGAGUGAUCGGCACGUUCGGCCAGAACUUCAACAAAAUCUUCACGUCCCCCGAUGGCUCGGACAUGAUCAACAUGCUGGCCACCACGACGCACGUGCUGCUGUCUAAGUCCGGCGAGGAGAAGAUGAGCGCCGGGCUCGCUGACCUCGUUUCGUUGACGUACUCGCUGUUGACGUCCAACUUGAUGCCCGACAUCAUCAACAAGACCGGUGGGCUGGUCAUCACGGCCGUAAACAAACCCAGGGCCACGUUGUUCGUCAGGACGUACUGGGACGGGAUUAGGAGACUGUUUAGCGAGAGGAACCUCAACGAUAAAAUGAAUAAGUAUUUCACCAACAUAAUGUCCAUGAUGAAGUCUAUGAACGGAGUCAUGCAGGGCGGCAGGCAGCUGAGACGUAAACGCAGUUUCGCGUAAUAAUAAAAUGAUAUUAUAAUACAAUUAUAUUAUAUAAUACAUCAUUCACACGCAUGCAAUUAUUAUAUAGGUACGUUUACAAACGGUAUAUGCUUACUUACACACACACAUAUAUAUAUAGGUAUAUAUAAUUUUAAAUUUAUAAUACAGUGUGACAUAUACGUAUAUAUCAUCGUAUACACACACUGCAGUAAGUCAUUACCGUUUGUACUUUAUUGUUAUGUUAAUAAUAUGAAAUUAUAAUUAUUAUUAGUAUUAUUACUACUAUUAUUGUUAUAUGCUUUAUAAAAAAAAAAUAUAACAUAAGCUAUUUUACAUAUA